CUAGAACCAUGAGCCAAAUACAUAUCUUUUCUUUAUAAACUGCUCAGUCUCAGGUAUUCUCUUGUAGCAGCUCAACACAGACUAAGACAGUGUCCAGUACAGCCGCUACGUGCAGCCACCAAGCCCUUGAAAUGCGGACACUGUGCAUUGAAACGUGCAGUGAGUGUCAAAUACCAAUUUCAAAGACUUAGUAUGAGAAAAAUGGAAAUUAAUCAUUUUUAUAUUGAAGACAUGGUGAAAUGAUAACAUUUUAGAUACAUUGGGUCAAAUAAAAUAGAUCAUUGAAAUUAAUUUUACCUUCUUAUUGCUGUUUAUUAAGAUGUGGCUACCAGAAAAUUCUGGAGGACAUUCAUGGCUUGCCCUUGUAGUUCUCUGUUUCUCUUGGCCGGCGCCUCUCUCAGGAAGCUUGCCUCAGCUCAAGGUAGGUGUGCCCUCAAGUGAGUCUGUUCCGAAUUUAUUUAAAACAAACAAAAUAACUUUGCUUUCAGGGCUUUUUCAGGAUUUCUGAGUUACAAUUGCUAUUGAAGAUCAAAGAUCCAGCCUUUGACCUGGAGAACGGGGGCUAAGAAGCAUAGGGUGGGCCCCUCUCCCCAGCCCGUGGCCAGUGGGCUCACGCCCAGGACUGGCCUGAACGCCACCCCUUGAUGACAGCCCCCUGCAGCCAGCCGCCCUUCCCAGAGCCCUUUGCCCAGGCCACCCCAGACUUCUGGGCAGUCCUGCCUGACUGCUUGUCUGCAGGUCUGCGGGGAAGGCGGGGAGGAGGAGGCGGGAGGAGGGCGUGCAGAGGCUGUCUGGCCCCGCCACAGAUCUUGGUGUUGAGUGUGCGACCAGCCGGGAGCAGAGGCCAGCCAUGGCCAGCCGGGGGCUGGUGCUCCUGCUCUUACUGAUGGCACUGCCACCACUGUGGCCCUCCUCCCUGCCACGGCUGGACACCCCAGAGGGUAAGGCCACCAUUGCGGGCCUGAUCCUGUCUGCGCUGGAGAGAGCCACCUUCUUCCUAGAGCAGAGGCUGCCCGAAAUCAACCUGGAUGGCGUGGUGGGGUUCCGGGUGCUGGAAGGGCAGCUAAGAAGCGUCCAGGCGGAGUGGGCCCAGGACGCCCUGCUGCAGCUGCUGAGCCUGCGCGUGGGGGCGCUGGCCGCGAAGCUGGAGUCGCUCCUGCAAACUUCCAUCUUCUACCUCAAGCUGAGUGACCCCGAGUACCUGAGAGAAUUCCAGCCCACCCUCCUGCCCGGCUUUUGGAAGCUGCCCCGUGCCUGGACGCACACCGACGCCUCCCUGGUCUACCCCACCUUCGAGGCUGAGGACUCGUUCUCCGAGGACAGCAGUGACGCGUGCCUGGUGGAGCUGCUGGGAACCCGGAAUGACAGCAGCCAGCCCUGCGGGCUCUCAGACUCCUGCAGGGCCCUCAUGACCAAGCCGGGCUGCUCGGCCUACUGCCUGUCCCACCAGCUGCUCUUCUUCCUCUGGGCGCGGAUGAAGGGAUGCACCGAGGGGCUGUUCCGCCAGAGCCAGCACUACAUUGACCUCUUCUGCGCCAACAUGAUGGACCUGAACCGCAGAGCCGAGGCCAUCGGAUUCGCCUACCCCACCCGGGACAUCUUCAUGGAAAACAGUGCGCCUGGCAUCUGCCCUCCCUCGGGACAAAGCAGCAGGGUGUCCGUGAUUGGGGCUCGUGUGUUCGCCACGCGCGCACACACACACACACACACACAGAGUUGCCAGAUUAAGCAAGUAAAUAGAGUGCUAAGUUAAAUUUGACUUCAGAUAGGCAACUAAUACAUUUGUAGGGUGAGUUCAUCCCAAAUAUUGCAUGCGAUGUACUUACACUAAAAAAUUGUAUUCGUUGUUUAUCAAAAAUUCAAAUAUGGGCCGGGCGCGGUGGCUCACGCCUGUAAUCCUAGCCUCUGGG